GCGUAUAUUGUGAGAAGCAGCAGAGAUUGAUACACGAAGCGUAUUUUACAACGUAAUUCAGACCAUAAAUAUAUAAGUAUCAGAAAAAAGGAUUAAAAAGUAUAACAUUAUCAAAAAGGAAUACAUAAAAAUUAUAUAAAUCCAAAAACCAUGCCGGUUGGAGGGGAUAAAAGCAACAAUUUUAAUGACAUUGACAGGAUAGAAAAAGCUGAGGACAGCGGCGACGACUGGAAAGUUGGAUACUCGAACACUGCGUACCAGUCAGAGAAGCCUCCCCUAGCGUCUACAUCGAGCGGCGCGCCGAGCGAGCACAGUAGUGAGCCGAGUGACCAACCACCACCGUAUGAGUCAGCCGUGGUCCCAGUCAGUGAGAAAGGCAAAGGAAUUGAAGCAUUGGAAGAUCAAGAUGACGACGAAAAGAUUUUAAAUGUGCUUCGUGAAAUUGUGAGAAAAUGCACACUAGCUAAUCCCAUGAAGAGGCCUACAGCGAAAGAAGUUCUUAAAAUGAUAGAAGAGGUGGCACCGCCGGAAUUACUGUCUGAAAAAUUCAACAUUUCCGACGACGAGGAGGAGGAAGAAGAGGAGGAGGACAGCAUGGCAAAGAAGAUUAAAUAAUGUUUAUUUCCGGACUUUUUUUUUCGUGUUUUUGUGAUUGUUGUGUUCAGUUUAGAAUUACGUUUUAAUGUGAAACAGAAGUCUGUUUUAUCUACUAAUUUAUAUUUCAUCCAACCACUGUUCCCUACCGUUUUUAUUUUUGCUUAGAGUAGAAAAAGAUUCGUUAAACUAAGUGUGCCGAAUCAAUAGUAUAAAGUAUAGUAAAGUGUUAAUUCGU